AUGGGAUUAAUCGCCCAUUCCACUAAGCUUCUUCUUUUCCUCAUUUUGUUGACUAACGUUGUUGUUUUAGCAGAUUGGUACCUCAUUUUGUUGACUAACGUUGUUGUUUUAGCAGAUUGGUAUCAGCCUCGCCGUUUGCUUGCCGGCGGUGGCGGCGGCGCUUCCAACGGGGUUGGCGGGGGUGGAGGACUUGGUACAAUUGUAGGGGGGCUGAGUAAUGACAUCAUCGGCGGGGGUGGAGGACUUGGUGGUGCCCUGCCAGGCAUCGGAGGUGGUGGAGUCGCAGGUGGUGGCGACGUGGCUAACGGCAAUACAAUUCUGGGAUUCAGUUUAAGUGGUGGUGGUGGGCUUGGUUCCGGAGCUAGUGGGGGAGGUAGUGCCGGUGGUAGCGAUGGUGUAGGGGAAGUUGCCGGUGGCGGCGCCAAUGGUGGCAGCGGCAGCGGUGGCAAUGGCAAAUAA